UCCUCUUACACUGUUGGUAGGAAUGCAGACGGGUACAGCUACACUGCAAAACAGUGUGGACAUUUCUCAGAAAGUUAAAGAUAGAACUACCCAGUGCGUCACAGCAGCUCCGGCGGUGGGAGGAGCAGAUGUGGACAGGCAGCCCAGGUUCAGGAAGGCUCUCGGAGUCCAGCAGCCUGCAGGCACCCAGCAUGCACUCGCCCCACCCCCACGAUGCCCAAAAGGAAGGUCAGCUCCACCAAGGGGGUGGAGAAGAAGGAGCCCAAUGGAAGGGCAGCGAGGUUGUCAGCUAAAUCUGCUCCUGCAAAAUUGGAAAUGAAAUCCAAAAAGGCAACAGGAAAGGAUAAAUCUUCAGACAAGAAAGUGCAAACAAAGGGGGAAGGCAAAGCAAAGAGAAAACAGGCUGAAGUGGCUAACCAAGAGACAAAAGAAGCCUUACCUGCAGAAAAUGGAGAAACUAAAAAUGAGGAGAGCCCAGCCUCUGAUGAAGCAGGAGAGAAGGAAGCCAAAUCUGAUUAAUAUCAUAUCCCAUGUCUUAUCAGUGUUCCCUGUCUCCCUCCUUGUACAAUCCAGAGGAAUAUUGUUAUCAACUAUUUUGUAAAUGCAAGUUUUUUAGUAGCUCUAGAAACAAGAAGGAGGGAACCCCACCUCACCUCAUUUUUUUAAGUGUAAAUGCUUUUUUUAAAGAAGUGAAAUAAUUUGCUAGUUAUUUUUUUGUACAACCAGAAAAUAGUGGGAUAUUGAAUAUGAGAGGAUUUGACUGUCUUGGGUGUCAGCUUAACAUUCCAUAGAUGGGGUAGUUUUUACAUUCUAUAAUACCAAGCAUACUAAAUGGCAAUUUGGAGUCAGUCGUGCAUUUAAUAUGUCUUGAACAUCUUAAAUUACUUCUAUUCCCAUGUUGUUUUUGGUAGAAUUGUUUCCUAAAGAAAACCACCCCUUGAUCUUGGCUCUCCCCGUCAGAAUCUGAUGCAUUCUGUAGCAUCUUUGUCAUGGUAGUCCAGUUUCCUAGUAACUUUGUUAACGUGCU